GUUAAAAAAAAAUUACGAAAAAUCAAGCGAACUGAAAGUGUAUGAGAACGACGCGCAAAUACUCAUGGACGAGGAAGAAUUAAAAACUUUUGAAGGUUUCUUGGCGCCAACAUUCACAGCCUUCGAUGAUAAUGAAGAAAAAUCUUUAAAUUUUGACCAAAUUGAGACAUAUGCGAGAUGGUUAAAGUAUCAUAAAGCCGUAGGUGUUUUAGUCAAUAGUAUCACCGGCGAAGGUCCGAUUUUGGGGAAAAACGAACGUCAAUUGAAUGCCGAAGCUUGGAGCGUUGUGUGUAAGAAGUACAAACUGAAAUUGAUGAUACAAAUUGGUGGGGCACCAAUGCCCGAUGUGCUCGACUUCGCAAGACACGCUAGCAGUUUGAAUGCAAAUGGUGUGGUCUGUCUACCGGAACUCUUCUACAAACCGAAAGAUGUCCAGCAACUGGUGGGCUAUUGUAAAAUCGUCGCCAGGAAUUGUAGUCCAAUACCAUUCAUUUACUACCAUUUGCCACGCUACACCGGUGUGCAGGUCGAUAUGUCAGAGUUUUGUGCACUUGCCGAAGAGUGUAUACCCAAUUUCGCGGGCAUCGAUUAUUCGCACAGUGACAUCGCGUUGGCGGCGAAAUGUCUGGCCCCAAAUCGUAUGAUCAUACUUAGCGAUUCGCGUAUGCUGAGCAGCGGUCUGUUGCUCGGCUUCAAAACAUUUUGCAUGACCGCUUUCAAUAUGGUGCCGGAUGAGUUGUAUGACAUUUGCGAUUUUAUGAAAUCUGGCCAAUUGAAUUUAGCAAGGAAGGAACAGAAACAUUUAAAUAACACCAUACGUGAGCGCAUCAGUAUGCAAAAGAAAGGAAACUGGCUGAAAGCCAUGAAGCAAUGGUUUAACGACGAAAUCAGGAAACAGUAUGGUGUAACAUUCUCUCCCGGUCGCGCACGUAAACUUGGUUACCCAGCAUUCAAAUAAAUAGAAAUUUAAUGGAAGUCACAUCAAUUGGAUCAGUUGACCACGAAUGAAAGAAUAAGUUUUAAUUUCCACGAUGGAUGGGUCUACUGCAACAAAACGUUCCCAGCUUUUAAAGUGACACC